AUGAGGACCAAUACAAGUUAUCCAACAACACGCAUUCCUAUCCAUUCAUUGUCUAAUUACCAAAGGCAUAUGAAGAUUGGACGAUAUAUGGCAUGCAAGGGAAAUUCACUCGACUCUACACAAAAUCAGUGCUCUUGCAAAGGAUGGCGACCAAAUUCUGUUAAUGGUUCUGGACGAAUCGAUUUGUGCACUUGUGGUCACAAAUUAGGCAUUCAUGGAAAUGUUAAUGACAUUUAUGGAGAAGAUUUUUAUAAGUUAUUGAAUAUUGCUAUUCAAAUUGACGAAUAUUUAGAUAAUAAAGGGAAAUUAUUAGACUUUGAAUAUGUGGAUAAAUUUGUUCAAAAAAUGAGAGAUCAAAUGGCAAUUACCAUUAAUCAAAUUAGACAAUACCAUAAGAUAAUAUGUAACAAGGAACCAUUUGAAAAAGAUUUGAAUCUUAAUGAAAGGAACAAUAAUUUUGAUCAUAGGCUCAUAUUUACGGAGGAACAGGAAGGAGAUAUACGAUGGAGAAUUAUUAACAAUGACGGAUCUCGUGAGAAUUUGUUUUUGCUUACUAGUGUUAAGGAAUUGAUUUCUACCGCAUUACCAAAGAUGCCAGCAGAGUAUAUCGCUCGUGUCGUGUAUAAUCAUAGUCAUUACAAUUUGGUGAUUGUUAAAGAGCCCAAUAAAGUUAUUGGUGGGAUUUGCUAUCGACCAUUUACGGAGAGGAACUUUAUUGAAAUCGUUUUCUUUGCUGUUAAUGGAGAUUAUCAAGAUAAGGGAUAUGGUAGACGUCUCAUGAAUCGCUUAAAAUUUUUCAUGAGAGAUGUGGUCAAGAUCAAAUACAUUUUGGUUUACGCAGAUGAAAGUGCCAUCGGUUUCUUCCGUAAAAUCGGAUUUACAACCAAUAUUACAUUAGAUAAGGAUAUUUGGAGAGGAUAUAUAAAGGAUUAUAGUAAAGCAAAACUAAUGCAGAGCACUUUUGUACCUAAAAUUAAUUAUGACGAGACAAGGGAGAUUUUAUUAAAACAAAAACAAUCGGUGAAAGAAAAAAUCGCGCGAACAGUUAUUACUCCCAUCAUCUACCCAGGUUUACAAUGUUUCAAAAAUGGAUCAAAGUCAAUAGACCCAAUGUCUGUACCGGGUAUUAAAGAAUCCGGUUGGACUCCAGAGUUGGAAAGAAGAGCAAAAGAAACGGCUAAAUACAGGGCAUGUUAUCUUACCAUGUUAAAAGUUAUGGAAGAUUUAGAGAAUCAUAAAAAUGCUUGGCCAUUUAAACUUCCCGUUGAUCCUAUUACUGUCCCAGAUUAUUAUGAUAUCAUCAAGGAACCCAUGGACUUUUCCACUGUCAGAAAACGUAUGGAAAAUAAUCAAUACCUAACUCUUAAAGAAUUCGCUAUUGAUGUUCAAAAAAUAUGGGACAAUUGUAAAUAUUACAACUCGAAUGAAACUUAUUAUUAUAAGUUUGCCGAGGCCUUGGAAAAAUUUUUUACGGAUAUCAUGUUAGAGAAUGGCAUAAAGCUACCUUGA